UUAUAGCGGGACUGAGGCGGACAUUCUGACACUGGGGAAACUGGUUUGGUGUCACUGACAUCCCCAGUGACACCAAUACAGUGAUCAGUGCUAAAAAAAAACCCACUGACACCGUACUAAUGGCACUGGGCUGGAAGGGGUUAAUAUGAGGGGCAAUCAAAGGGUUAACUGUGUGCUGGUGAUUGACAACUGCGGCUGUGAAUGGUGGCACAGCACCUGCACACUGCUUUGCAUGGCUGUGUACAGCACAGCCAUACAAACCAGUGUG